UGCAGAACCUUCAUUGGUGCUGGACAUGCGUGGUCAGUUUGCUCAAGGGCUGUUAUCACAAAUUUCCUCUCUAUAUAAGGUCCCUGAGAAGAUGAGCUUUCCAUCUCCCCUCUGGAAGUCUCAUAAUUCUGCAAGAAUGAACACCAUCUUGGCCUGCCUUCUUGCUCUUGCCAUCAGCAUGCCACUGUCUGAUGCUUCUUGUUUCUAUAUGCCAUUCAAGCCAGGGAUGUCUAAUGGUGUGGUUGUAGGCUGCCUUGAUGGGGAAGGAAAGGUCCAUGAAUUUGAUUCCAGAUGGAGGACCGAGGACUGCAACGAUUGCUCCUGUUCCAAGACUGGAAUUGGCUGCUGCACCAGCUAUAUGACACCAGUUGGCUAUGAUGAAGACAAAUGUGAACGCAUUUUCAGCAAGGACACUUGCUCUUAUAAAGUAGUGGAGAAAGAUGAUCACUCAAAAGAAUGCCCAGUCCAUUCAUGGGUGGGGUAGCAGAAGAAUGAUGGAUUGGGGGAAUAUUUCCUUUUAUUGUUCUGAUGGUUCCCUCACAAAUUCAAAACCACUAAAAAUGCAACUGUUGAGUGAAAUCUACUCCUAAAUCCAACAUAUAAUGAAACUGAGAAUCUACUCACAAAAAUCUCCCUUGGUUUCUCUGCCUUAUGCUUCACCAUGAACAAAGAACUGACCUGUUCCUUCCUUGAGGUCAGACAUUAAAGGUGACAUUUUAAAGCAUCCUUGGUAGCUGCUAAUCUGUGUUCUUCUCUUGUCAUAUUUCAGUGCCAAGGGGCAUAUUCCAUAAUCUGUGCACACCUGUAUCUUAAAGCUAAAAUAAAAUCAUAUAAAGCAUCAGAAA